CAUACUCAGAGCUCCCUUGUGGAAGCACAUUUAAACAUUUAGAGCAUUACAAAAAGCACCGAGGUAACAGCUAGCACACAGAAAAGGUAACUGCACUACCCCCGAUCUGACUCUGCUUCGUCUCGUGUCAUGCGCAGUGACACAAAUGAGUGGGUUCUUGCUUUCACGCGGCACCAGCUUCAGUUCCAAGGCACAGAACGAAAAGGAACACCACGAGCCACUGCGGCGAUUUCAGGUGUGAAUCGAUCACACGAGAAACUCUCGUCGUGUUAAAACCAAUUAUCACAAGACUUUAAAAAAAAAAGAAAAAAAAUUACCCUCACAGAUGAAGUGUCAUCGCAGCCUGCUUAUAAAAAAGUUGUUAAUUACGCCGCACAUGCGACACUAGUCUGAAGCUGUCUCCUGCACUCGUGCCUUGUCCGAACUGGAGAUGACUGUACAUGAGGGAGUCAAGGUGAAGAUGUGUGUAUGUCUCCUAGUACGCUGUGGUGUCACAUGAGACUUCCUUGACAAGCAGCGGAAGCAUGAAUUCUUGGCUCCUUCCAACCAUGUGCUGCAUGUAGCCUGGCAACCGGGCCGAGUGUAGCGCUUUCUGUUCCCAGAGUGAGAUUUUCGCUUCAGCUGGCGGUCUUGAAUUUUGCUGUACUGAAAUAAAGAGGGAAGAAGAGUUCAUCCUGGAGUAGGAUCUCAGGUGUAAGCGCAUGCACAGACACACACACACAGUUUGCCUGCAGACAGUGAUGAAGAAGAGAUGCAGUCUUGCUUUGUUUUCUGUGUAUUCUCAUUAAAUUCACAGUAUUCCUCCAUAUAUCACAUGAAUACUGCCAUCCCUAUGAUUAUGGAAACCGGACAAUGAAAGAUGAUGGAUGGAUGGAUGGGAUGCAGACAGUGACAACCACAUAACCACCUGCAGCACCUACAGCACCUCGAUGCUGGUUCACGGUUGUGUCUUGCUCUCAGCCAAACUAGCCAAUCUAAAUUUAGCUCCCUUUGCGAGGCCAGCUUGUUGAAAAAUUGAUCGAUAGUGGAGUUGCUGCUAUAGUAACGGUCCCUGUUUUAAUGGUGGUCAGGUGUCACUGGAUCUCCCAUUAAGCAGAUAGUGAACGACAGUGAGCGCGGCACAGGACGAUGAAACAAAGUCGCCUCUGAAGCCGGUGACAUGUCCUGGAGUGGUCACAGGACAGAUAAGGGUGAUGACACGGUGGAGCUGUGUGGCCGGGGGAGCUGGUGGCUGGGAACACUGAGAGACACACCCAUCCCGGGAACCUACCACGUCCGAGACUUCGUUGAGGAGGCUGACCUGAACCCUGUGAAAAAAACUUACGGCUUCAAAGGUGUGGGCAGAAAAACUCAGAUGCUGGGUGUGCGUAAGGGGGAUCUGCUGCUACCUGGAGCGUAUGAAUAUACCGACUCCACCCAGGAAGUCCUGAUGCACCAGGCAUCCUACUCUUUCAAGAACUGCCCCCGACCCGACAUUUUCACCCUUGGAAUUAGAGACAAGCACAUAAACACUUCGCCGUGUGACUACAAUGUGACAGCGACACCAGUGGAGAAGAUCCCCUGCAAGCAUGUGAUGUUUCGCUCGACUGUGCAGCGGAUCAGCUUUCUGCCUAUGGCCCUGCUCCAUGCCACUACAACCCACAGACCAAACCAGCUAAAGCCAUCACUUCCUGUUUCAAAUCCACGUUGCCACGGCUACACAGUGUGCACACAAACACUCCAGGACCGGGGGCCUACGAUCCUUUCAGGAAGUCGUUUGCACAAAGAUGUUAAGGAGCCGUCUUAAUUUUCCAUGAUACAAGGAUCCCUGCAUUUACUCACUGUUUCAACUUACAGAGUGAAGUCACCCCAUAUGGAAAAGAUAUAUAUAUACAUCUUAUAAAGUUUGUAUCUGUCUUGUGUGAAACUUGUAUGAAAAGCAUACAAGAGUGAAAACAGAUAUAAGAUCCCUUGA